GUUGGAGAUGUCGUGGAGAGGAGCAGUCGUAAGCGGAGGCAGGAGGAGGAGGAGGAGGAGGAGGAGGAGGAGGCAGCUGGAGGCAGCUCGAAGCGCAGCCGGAUGUCGUGGACCUGGACUGUCCCUCUCCAUGUGAUUGUGAUAUUUCUAUGACUGACAGUCAUUCUUUUCGCUUUGUAGACCAUCAUUGCCUUGCCACUUCCCUCAUAUCACUUCCAGUACGACAGUCGACAGACAGAGUCUGACCAUGACCGCCAACGCCAUCGUCAGCGACAUUGAGCUCCCGCGCAAUGGCGUGGUCGAGUCUCAGCACUCGCUCGCCGCCGGGACCACGACGCACAACCUCUUCUCACUUACCGGCAAGACUAUUGCCAUCACAGGUGGCGGUCGCGGACUCGGCAUCACUCUCGCCCUCGCUGUCGUCGAGGCGGGCGGUAACGUGGCUUGCCUCGACAUCCUUAGCGAACCAUCCGCAGAAGAAUGGACAAGUCUGUCUGCGCUAGCAAAGAAGACAGGUCGCAGCGUGACCUACCACCGCUGCGAAGUGACAGACGAGACAUCCAUCGAGAGCGUCAUGGACACAGUAGCGAGGGAUGCCACAGCUCGCCAGGCGCCCUUUUGGGGGACGAUUGCAUGCGCCGGUAUCCAGCAGCAGGUACCCGCGCUCGACUAUCCGGCGGCCGACUUUGACAGGAUCCUGCGCGUCAACGUGACGGGCGUCUUCAACACGGCCAAGUACGCGGCGCGCGUGCUGCGACGCGAGGGACGACCGGGCAGCAUCGUCCUCAUCUCGAGCAUGUCGGGCAACGUGGCCAACCGAGGGCUCAGCUGCUCCGCGUACAACAGUAGCAAGGCAGCCGUGCAGCAGAUGUGUCGGUCGGUGGCGCAGGAAUGGGGUCAGUACGGUAUCCGCGUGAAUACUCUGUCGCCUGGUUACAUCCGCACCGCCAUGACGGACCAGCUGCUCCAGGAGAACCCGGACGUGGAGAGGACGUGGAUGGCCGGCGCGCUGCUCGGUCGUCUGGGCGCACCUGAGGACUUCAAGGCGCCGGCUGUCUUUCUCCUCAGCGAGGGCGCGGCCUUUGUUCAUGGGAGCGACCUGCGCGUCGACGGGGGGCAUUGCGCGUCGGCGUAGGUGAGGGCCAGGGGGCGUGGAAAUUAAUUACUAGUACACUUGAGUGGAUUGAUUAGACUGAUGGUGGAAACAAGGGACUACGUACAAGCAGUAAUGACAAUUGACAGAUAGAAUAAGCAUCAUUGUUCAUCGACAAAACAUGGACGCUGAAUGGUCGCCUCCCAGUCUGG